UUCGUUAAGAGAGGUAGUCGGCAUGUCGGAGGCGGAUUCGUUGGUUGAGAUUCCCCGCAGCGAUUGGACUAAACUGCGGGAUUUGUAUGUGACAAAUGAUACUGAUCCCCAAGGUUAUCCGUGCAUAAAUAAUUUCAUUAAAUGGGUGGAAAAAGAUCCGGAACUAAAAGUUAAGUUCUUUUCGUUGAAUGGUGACUGGGAGAAAGAUGGAACCUUUGUUUUAACUGUGGACUUGGAAACUCCUUUAAAGCACCUUUACUUCAACACUCUUAGUCAUAAUUUGGAUCGAGCAACAAAAGCUUUAGAAUGCUUAAACGUAUUUGAGAAUAAAUACGUUUUCUUUGGAUUUUGUUCUCGCCUAAAACCUGUGGUUGAACAUAUCGGCAAGAAAUAUUAUGCCACUAAAGAACUUACAACUGACGACACGUGUUGGUAUAGCGCAAGCAAAGAACUCAUAGAUACAUUUACUAUUGAGGUUCCUUCUGGCAUAACUCUAUUAAACUUGGCUGUCGAAGAUGCUGAAACCAUCAAUGAAAUCUGGCCACAUCGUGGACCCGGCUCAAUAAAGUUUGUGAGAUGUUUAAUUAAGUAUAAUGUGAGUUUGGGAGCCUAUGAUGACAGCGGAAAGUUGGUUGCAUGGUGUUUGAGAUUACCUAUCGGAAGCUUGGGUCUACUGCAAGUUUUGGAAUCACACAAACGUUUGGGAUUGGGCAGCUUAUUGGUGAAAUCAAUGGCCAAGAAGAUUUCCGCACUAGGAGAUCAAGUUAUGGCCCCAGUGGUGACCAAAAACACUGCUUCAAGGAACAUGUUUGAAAAAAUUGGCUUCCGUUCUAUAGACACAACCUAUUGGGCUAAUUAAAAAUGUUGAGCCAAAAGUGGGAUCACAGCCAAACAAGACCAAACGAUUUCUAUAUGAGAAAAAGUUAUUAUUAACGUACUAAUUUAAAUAAAUACAUGAAAUAAAUGCAGUUCACAUUAUAAAACGAGUAAA